AUGUCAGAACCUGAGCCACGGCGCUCCGUCCGCGCGACCAAGGGCCAGCACACUCGACCGCUCGACGAGCUCGACCAGGCUGCCGGUCCCAAGCGCCGCCAAAAUAAGAAGCCCGGAGCAUCGAAGAAAUUAAAGGGCAAGGAGGAGACGCCUGCCGAAGACGAGGGCGACGAGCUUAUUCGUUGCGUUUGUGGCGCACUCGAGCAAGAUGAUGACCCGAAUCUGUCUUGGGUAGCCUGCGACGGGUGCGGUGCCUGGCAGCACAACAUCUGCGUGGGCGUCAGCGUGUACGAUGACGAAAUCCCAGACAAAUACUGGUGCGAACAGUGCAAGCCUGAGGAUCACAAAGAACUUCUGGAGGGUAUCAAGAGAGGCGAAAAACCGUGGGAAGAUCGCCACAAACGACACGAGGAGAAAAUAGCCGAGGAGAAGCGACAGAAAGAGGAGGAAAAGAAGAACAAGAAGACGGGCAAGCGCAAGUCCCGGGGUGGGCCUCUACUGAGGAAGACCGAUGCGAAGACGUCGGCUGAGCCUCAGAAGCCCAGCGACGACUCACCCGGACCUGUCGAAACGCCAGCAGAGUCCAAGCCGAUGGUCGAGCCGAAGACUGAAGCAACCCCUGAUCAAACGCCGGCAGUCGAAGCCAGCGCACCGGAAGAUGCCACGACAGCCGCCGCAGCGAGUAGCGGAAAGCGCAAAACACGCGAGGAUGCCGGUGAAUCGGAGGACAAGGCUGCCAAAGUCAGGCGCGUGUCGCCUGAGCCAGCGCAGCCUCCGCUACCCUCUGUCAAGCCCAAGUACACGGAGCCCAAGGACCUUGCGCCGUCUAUCGACGAGCUUCCACCGACUCGCAAAAAUCCAGCCAAGGCUUUGAAGAAGUCGUUGUUGCAUGUGAUGACCGAUAUGGCGAAGACCGGCGAACUUGAGGUUGCUGAGAACUCGACUGUCGACGGCAUGGCCGAACGCUCUGCCAUCCGGAUUGAGUAUGCUGUCUUUGAAACACAUCCCAUGGCUAAAGGGCAGAAAGAGUAUAGCCAGCAGACGCGGUCGCUUACGUUCAACCUCAAGAACAAUCCUGAACUCGUGCGUGGACUCUUGCAUGGCCUCCACACUCCGCCUACACUGGCUGUUAUGACGAGUGACGAGAUGGCCUCAGCCGAUCUGCAGAAGCAAAACGCCGAGAUGAAAGCCAAGGCGGACAAGGCAUCAAUCUUGUACCAGGGAGAUGCCUCCGGCCCCAGGGUGAGACGUACACAUAAGGGUGAGGAAGUCGUGGAGGACGAGAACAGUGCGAUGGUGGAAACACCUGUGCCCCUACCACCCAUGGGCGGUGGCGGCAGAAAGCCAAACCUACCCGCCGAAGGAGACAAGUCCGAGGACGGACCAACUGCACUUGCUCGAUCACAGUCCCGAGACGAGGGUACCACGGCCGAUGGACGCUCGCCCAGUCAGCCCAAUUUCGAUAUCAACAAGGUCUUCUCUCAGGUCCGAUCGCCAUCCGUGUCCCAGGCCCGACGACCCUCGGCGCCGGUGCCGCAAGCAACGCCUGGCGAGGAUGCAGACGUCGAUCGCAUGCUCCAGGAUGAGAACGACUCUCCCCCGUAUUCACCUGCCGAGGAGCAACAGGAUCCUGAUGUCGUCUGGCGCGGUUCCCUUGCGAUGACCUCGAUCGCCAACUUUUCCGCCACCGCAAAGUACAUUGCUGGCGGUGACUUUGCUAAGCACGGAUCGUGGGAUAAGCUCAUCAAUCCACGCCUUAGUGUUGCAGGACGCAUAUCACACGAUCAGGCCAAUACGUAUCUCUGCAACCAGCGAUGGAGCCAAACCAACGAUGUCAUCAUCGUGAGUUUCUCUCCCGUGUCAGAUGACAAGCGCCCUGAGUUUUUCGCCAUGAUACAAUAUUUCUUGGACAAGAAACGGUAUGGCGUCGUGGGCGAGAAGGUCCUGGCCAAUGUCCGCGACACGUACUUGGUGCCUGUUUCGCCAGGAGACGACAUUCCCGAGUUUUUGCACAACCUGAACGACAAUUUUGUGCCUAAAGAAAGAACGGAGCCAUUGCUUCUUGGCGUGUUUGUAUGGAAAAACGAUCCCGGCGAGCUCAAAUUGGGCGACAAGACCCAGCCAGCUUCUUCGGGCACACCAGUUGCUCCCAACCAGAGAAGCAAUUCCGUUUCGCAAGGCCCUGGCUUCUCGCCGGCGACACCCGUGGGAGCCAACGGCUAUCCCUUACAGUCGACCACACCGGUACCUAUCCCACAGCCUCCCUACACAAGUCGUACAACCCACCCGACGGCCGCUGCCAUGCAGCCCCACCCGCCUCAUCAUGACCCGGCGGCUGUUGCCCAGGGGCAGGCGGUGGCCCUUGAGGUACUUGGACCAGAGUUCAUGACUUGCCCCACGGUGCAGUUCUUGCUACCGCAGGCGGCGGAUAUGAAGAAGAAGGAAUGGGAGGUGAUCAGGGGUCUUUAUGAGCGGGAGCCCAAGAGCCGAGAUGAUUUAGGAUUCUUGGGGCAAUUACUCGAGAAGUCACGAAUGGAAGGCAAUGAGGCGCACUAG